AGGUGGUCAGGUGGUACUGAUGUGCUAAUGGUGCUGAUUACGUUAUUACUUUUAAGUAUAAAUUGCAGUGCCUAGUAAUGUAGAUCGUGUAGAUUUGAUAAAUGGGUAUAAGUUGUAAAGAAGGGUGUUUGAAGGAGGAUGUGAAAUGUUAUGAUGACAGCUUUUGUCAAUUUGUUUUUUAAGACAACAGUAAGCUCGUGAGACAAGGCAGGAUUUUAAAGUGUUUCGUUUGAAGCACUUGUGUUUUAAGCAAGAGUUCUUUCCUUACAGAUCGUACGAGUGGCGUAAUAGUAUAAAUACAUGUUCAAGUAUACGUUAUGUAGUAAUGACAUUUUCUCAUUUAUGGGUUGUAUGUGUGAUUUCAACUUCAAUGCAUUCCAUGUUCCGUCCUAACCUGUAAAUAGAAGGCCUGGGUUUGGUACAUAAUGGCAGAGCCUGAAGAUGCUGACCGUCAGGGUCCUCAGGGCGAGUCGCAGGAGGCUGAGGAUGUUGGUGAGCCCCACAUAGCAACUUCUCUGGAUUGUUCUUCACAUUCAAGUCCAUUGAAGAAGAGAGAAGAGGAAGAGAGAGGGAAUGUCGACAGUGUGGCGGACAGAGCAGAAAUAGAAGAAUGGUUGGGUGAAAUCUCUGUCAGAGACUCACCUGAGGAUGAGAAUUGCAAGGAACCUUGUUGCACAGACAUUGAUGCUUCACCCUCAUUAAAAGCUGUUAAGAAAAAGGACAUAGAUGAGUGCAUUUACCAUCUGAAGUGGAUAAUGUGGCAUGAGAGAAAAGCACCCAUAGUGACGCAGAAUGAAAAUGGUCCCUGUCCCUUGAUCGCCAUAUCGAACAUUUUAUUGCUAAGAGGGAAGAUUAUUCUUCCUACUGUGAUGGAAAUUAUAACUGCCAAGCAGCUUAUGGAAUAUAUUGGGGAUAUGAUUCUGCAGAAUGUCCCUAAGGAUUUGACUCUGCCCCAUCAGCUGAACUACGAGCAGAACAUGCACGAUGCUAUUGCUGUUCUUCCACGGCUCCACACAGGAUUAGAUGUCAAUGUUAAGUUCACAGGAGUUAAGGAUUUUGAAUACACGCCAGAAUGUAUAAUAUUCGAUUUGCUCAACAUCCCUCUUUAUCACGGAUGGCUCGUUGACCCACAGUGCCAUGAAACCGUAAUAGCACUGGGGUCUUUGGGAUACAACCAAGUAGUUGAGAAGAUUAUCCUCAAUAAAUGCUCAAGCAAGAUUGAUUUAGUUACUGAAGCUCUGAUAGCAGAACAAUUCCUGGAACGCACUGCCUCACAGCUGACAUACCAUGGGCUUUGUGAGCUGAAUACAGCCAUGGGACAAGACGAGCUUGCUGUGUUGUUUCGGAAUAACCACUUCAGUACAAUAUUUAAGAAGAAGGUGUGUGGACCUGUGGAUGAAGCCUCGUCAGAUUUGUUGGGCAUGUCACAAGAGUUGAACGAGUUGUUCCAGUUGGUUACGGACCAAGGAUUCCUACACGAACCCCGCGUAGUAUGGGAAACCUUAUCAAACAUAGAGGGUGAUGGCAUGUUCGUCGAUGGCCAUUUUGUGACGGUGCCACCCAAGGCAGCCGGGCCCUGUCGUGCUCUACCCCUGGAUGUGUCUGAGGACCAGCAGAUCAAUCAUGAUUUCCUGCUGGCUCUCUCACUUCAAGAGGAACAGAAGGCACAAUACGAGAAUGAACAAGCUUGGGAGGAAUUUAAACAGACGCAGGAGAUCACUUGCAAUGAAGAGUUGGCGCAUCAUCUCCAUGAAGAUGAACGGCAACGUGCACAGAGCCCAGUCCCUGUUGCAGCAGUGUCACAUGGCCAUACCCGCCCCUAUGCUCACGCCCAACCUGCGUCAGGGGACCGAAACAAAAAGGAAUCAUGCACCAUCCUAUGAUGACAACUGAACACACUCCACCUCGUACAUCUAGAAAGCCUUGGAGUUUAUAUCCUACAUGGAAACAAGAUACAUGAGUAUAUUUUAAGAAUAUUUUAUUAACACCGAUGUGCUUUUUCACUGAAUCUUCAAUUUGCAAUGAUAGAUACAACUGUGUAUUGUAUUGAAAUGAUGUCUCUUAUCAUAUUAAUUGUUGUGUAAGGUUGCGUUGAAAAUACCGGAAGUGGGAUCAGCAAGCACAGGGCUGCGUCCUGCAGCUGCUGUGAGACAGCGUGUAUAUAUCUGUAAUAUUCUGGUCUUGCCUCCAGAUGCCACUAAAAUGGGACAGCAACAGAUUCAUAACUUUCAGUGAACUUCAUAUUUGU